CAUGGAUUCUCCAUAAUUAUUAUGCAAAGUAGUUUUAAUUGGAGAUUCUGGUGUUGGCAAAACAUCUAUUUUAAAUAAACGAAUUUAUGAAAAAUUUUCAUUUCAUACUACCCAUACAGAAUUAGGAUAAAUGAAUACUUUAAAAUUAAAAAUUAAUGAUAAAGAAAUAACUUUAAAAUUAUGGGACACUGUAAUUAAAUUUUAAUAAAUUUAGGCAGGACAAGAAAAAUAUAGAACAAUUACAAUAUAAUUUUAUAGAGAAACAAAAGGAGCAUUUCUUGUUUUCGAUAUGACGGAACAUCAAUCAUUUGAUAAUAUCAAAUUUUGGGCAAAAUAAUUAAGAAAUCAUGGAGGAGAUGAUGUUAAAAAAGUAAUUUUAGCAAAUAAAUGCGAUUUAACUGAUAAAUUAGUAGUAACAGAGGAGGAAAUAAAAGAAUUAGCAAAGUAAAUUAAUGCUAAUUACUUUAUUGUAUCUGCAUAUACAAGUGAGAAUAUUAUAGAAUGUUUUGAUUUCAUGGCACUUGAAUUAAUGAAAAAUUGCUAUAAUUAACAAGAAAACAAGGGUCUCUAAAGUAAAUAGCUAUCUGCAAAUACAGAAAGUGUUUUAGAUUAAAAGUAAAAGAAUAAGUAAUCUUCAGGAUGCUGCUGA